UUUUUCCCCCAACAGCUCCACCAGCCUUCCUUUUCUUCCCCUCUCUCUCCGCACGCCGUCCCACUCCGCGGCCACCGGCUUCACUUCUCUCCACCAGGCCAUUCACGAUGCUCCUUCUGGCGGCGAUCUAAUCGUGCCCGCGAUCCCCACGAUGCCUCCUUUUCCCUCCCUAUCGCGGCGAUUGUAGGGGGAUCUGUUCCUUGUAUUUGGCCGUGGAUUGGGGAUCGGACUUGAGAAUUGUUGGAGUUUGUUGGCGGGUGGGGAGGGAUCUGAUCGGUUGGGUUUAGAUCGCGGGGAUGGCUUCGGCGAAGUCGUCUCGAUCUAGGGCUUCGGCCCCGUCUGGGCAGGUCGCCGCUGGAGUGCCCCAUGCGAAUGGGGGCGGCGCCGGGCAGGAGGCUGGGGUCCAGCUCGCCGACAAGCUGAAGAUCUUCAAGACCGAUAAUUUCGACCCCGAUGCCUACGUGCAGUCGAAAUGCCAGAGCAUGAACGAAAAGGAAAUAAAACAACUAUGCAAUUAUUUACAAGAUUUAAAGAGGGCUUCUGCAGAAGAAAUGCGUAAAAGUGUCUAUGCAAACUAUGCGGCAUUUAUAAGAACAUCAAAGGAAAUAUCAGAUCUGGAAGGCGAGCUUUUGUCUAUAAAGAAUCUUUUAGGAGCUCAGACAGGUUUAAUUCAUGGUUUAGCUGAAGGUGUUAACAUUGAUUCCCUGUCUGCUGGUUCUGAGAGCAUAAGAGAAAAUGACAUCUCAAAUGUGGAAGACCGAGAACCUUCAGAUCUAGAAAAAUGGGUAGAGGAGUUUCCCGAUAUGCUGGAAGUUCUGCUGGCUGAAAGGAGAGUUGAUGAAGCUUUGGAUGCUCUGGAUGAAGCAGAACAUCUAGUUAUAGAUGCAAAACAAAAGCAAACUGUGGGUACUGCUGAACUUUCAUCAUUGCAGAAUGCUAUUUCUGAACAUCGUCAGAAGUUAGCUGAUCAACUUGCUGAGGCUGCUUGUCAAUCUUCUACCCACGGUGUUGAACUUCGUGCUGCCGCUGCUGCUCUCAAAAGACUUGGCGAUGGUCCACGGGCUCACAGUUUGCUGCUUAGUGCUCAUUACCAGAGGCUUCAGUACAAUAUGCAAGUUAUUCAUCCUACUAGUACUUCAUAUGGAGGAGCAUAUACUGCUGCUCUGUCACAGCAAGUAUUUUCUGCCAUUGGUCAGGCUCUGAACGACUCUCAAUCUGUCUUUGGGGAUGAGUAUGCAUCAGAACUGGUCAUAUGGUCUACAAAGCGAGCAGAGGCCUUUUCACAUCUUGUAAAGAGGCAUGCAUUAGCUUCAUCGGCAGCAGCUGGAGGGUUACGAGCUGCUGCAGAAUGUGUGCAGAUAGCCAUUGGACAUUGUUCCAUGCUUGAAGCUCGUGGGAGAUUGUCACUUUCUUCUGUUCUUCUGAAACUAUUUAGGCCUAGUGUUGAGCAAGCAUUAAAUGCUAAUUUAAAAAGAAUUGAAGAGAGUACUGCUGCCUUAGCAGCUGCAGAUGAUUGGGUACUUACUUAUCCACCUACAGGUGCACGCACAUCAAAUAGAAUAUCUUCUACAGUUGUGGGUAUCCAACCCAAACUUUCAAGCAGUGCACAUCGCUUCUAUUCAAUGGUUCAGGAUUUCUUUGAGGAUGUAGGGCCACUUUUAAGCAUGCAACUAGGGGGUUCCACUGUGGAUGGUCUUUUAAAGGUCUUCAAUUCAUAUAUCGGUCUUCUGAUAAACGCAUUGCCAAGUUCAAUAGAGGAGGAAGCAAAUUUGGAUGGUCCAGUAAACAAACUUGUUCGAAUAGCAGAGACUGAAACACAACAAUUAGGUUUAUUAGCAAAUGCAUCUCUAUUGGCAGAGGAGUUGCUCCCUCGAGCAGCAAUGAAGCUUUCACCAAUGUAUCAGGCUGGUGGAAUGGAUGAUUCUCGUAGACGAGGCUCAGAUAGAAACACUCGUGUGCCAGAGCAAAGAGAAUGGAAAAAAAAGCUGCAGCGAUCUGUUGACAAGCUGCGAGAUAGCUUUUGCAGGCAGCAUGCACUUGAUCUUAUAUUCACAGAAGAUGGUGAUAAUAAUCUAAGUGCAGAAAUGUAUAUAAGCAUGGAUUUAAAUUCUGACGAGCUAGAGUGGGCUCCUUCUCCAAUAUUUCAGGAACUAUAUGCCAAAUUGAAUCGAAUGGCAAGCGUUGCCUCAGAUAUGUUUGUUGGUAGGGAAAGAUUUGCUACCUUGUUGAUGAUGAGACUCACAGAGACAGUCAUACUAUGGCUUUCAGAAGAUCAGAGCUUCUGGGAGGAAAUUGAAGAGGGAGACAGACCUUUGGGUCCCCUUGGCCUUCAGCAGUUUUAUCUAGAUAUGCAAUUUAUAAUUCUUUUUGGAAAAGGCCGUUUCUUGUCUCGAAAUGUGCAUCAAGUUGUUAUCGACAUCAUUGAAAGAGCUAUGGCUGCAUUUUCUGCAACUGGAAUGGAUCCAGAUAGUACUCUUCCAAACGAUGACUGGUUCUUUGAAGUUGCUCAAGAAACUAUAAGUAGGAUAAGCGGUAGAACAAGGGUUGGCAAUGGAGAGAGAGAAACAAACAGCCCAACUGCAUCCAUCUCGGCACAAUCCAUAUCGUCAUUCAGAUCUCAUGGGAGCUUGUAGCGUGCAUCUUUUCUUGCAGACAGGUUCUUGUAUAAUAAGCAGCAUUGCGCUCUGUGUGUUUGUCUUAGAUGAUUAUGGUUUAUGUCAGCAAGUCAUCUAAUUUUUGGAGUUUGCAUAUGUAUUUAUUGCUUUUUCUUAUACAGUCCAAAGUCCAGCUUGUACCAUUCUUUUCACUCAUUCAUUCAUUCAUUUUCCGUCAUGAGAGGACAAGUGGAAUGUGUUGGCUGCGCACUAUAAUGCUCCC